CAAGAUACGCUGCGCGAGAAGAAGGUCCAACUGGUGGCCUUCCUGCUCCUUAAGUACCGCGCCAAGGAGCUGACCACAAAGGCAGAGAUGCUGGAGCGGGUCAUCCAGGAUCACCAGGACCACUUCCCUGACAUCCUCAGCUGUGCCUCCUGGUCCUUGCAGCUGACCUUCGGCAUUGACGUAAAGGAAGUAGAUCCCAGCAGGCACUCCUAUGUCCUGGUCCCCACCCUGGGCCUCACCUGGGAUGGGGUGACCGAAGAGCAGCGCCUCCCCAAGACCGGCCUCCUGGCGCUGCUCCUGGGCGUGAUUGUCCUGUGGGGAGGCCGGAUCCCUGAGGAGGAAGUGUGGGAAAUGCUUAGUGCCAGGGGGGUGUACUCCGGGAGGGAGCACUUCGUCUUUGGGGACCCCAGGGAGCUCAUCACCAGGGUCUGGGUGCAGGAACAGUACCUGGAGUACCGGCAGGUUCCCGACAGCAAUCCCGCUCGCUUCCACCUGCUCUGGGGUCUCAGGGCCCAGGCAGAGGCCAGAAAGGUGCAGGUCCUGCUGUUUUUGUUCAGGCUUCUUAGCACACCUAUAGGCCCUUUCCUGUGCCCAUCUGAGGAGGCUAGGACCGAUGAGGAACAGGGUCCCUGAGCAGAGGGGGGCCAGGCCCGGGCCAAGCCCCCGUCAGGCAGGCGCUUCUGCUGGGCAUGCAGUCAGGCCCCUUCUCCCUCUGGCCUAGGAGAGAGAGCAGCCAGUGCUCUAAGGAGCGCAGGUUCUGUGCCACGUGGGCUAGAGCCUCUG